AUGAAGUGUAUCACCUUAACUACGCUCUACCUCUGUUCUGAACUAUCCUACGCAUCCUGGUCCCCACCACCCGAAUAUGCCCUCUACACCUCAGCCAACGGGCACUUCUUCCAGCUAUCCGACGGAUCGCCAUUCUUCUGGCAAGCUGACACAGCAUGGACACUCAUGACGCGCCUCAAUUACACCGAGACCGAACUAUACCUAGCAGACCGCGCUUCCAAGGGCUUCAACAUCGUCGAAGCUAUCGGGCCCUCAUCUGACGGUCUCGACGGCCAAAACAGACAGGGCGAUUUAGCCUUCAUCGAUAUGGACGUUCACCACCCCAACGAGGCCUACUGGACGUACGUCGACUCAGUAGUCGAACUAGCAUGGAAGAGGCACGGAAUCCGGGUAGCCCUAUUUCCCGCAUGGGGGAACUAUGUGCAUAACAGCGAGAAUGUCGCGGGGCCGCUGAACACGAGCAAUGCGGGUGUGUUGGGCGAGUUUAUCGGGAAAAGGUAUCCGUAUCUGCCGAAGAUCCUAUUUGGGGAUAUCAAUCCGACAUGGCAGAAUAAGACACAGGUUAAGGCAGAAUAUGCCGAUGGUGGUGUUCCCUCUGACUAUGAGACUAUCGAUUGGCUUCCGGUCUAUGAUGCCCUUGCGGAGGGUAUCAUUCGAGGCGAAAAGGCUGUUAUAAGGAAUAGUACGGACAGUGCAGAUUACGCGCCGUUAAUCAGUCUUCAUAAUCAGAAUCAGUGGUUCAGCGGAGCGCCACUGGCACUGGCAAGCUCAGAGGCCGGGCAUCGCAGCUGGUUGACAUUCGACAUCGCACAGUCCGGUCAUAGUGACUAUCCUCCUAAUCCACCGAUCAACUGGUGGAAUUGCAGACGCGGGUACGAGACUGUGGAGCUGAUGUAUGCCGUUGGGGAGACGCGGCCUGGAAAGAAGCGACCGGCCUUGGAUAAUGAGCCGCACUACGAGGGGAGAUAUAAUAAUGCACGCGACUGGUUACCUGUUUGGAAUGCAAGUGAUGUACGGGUUGGCACAUGGCAGACUGUCUUCUCCGGUGCCGCCGGUGCCGUGUACGGAGCCGAUAUGGUCUGGCAAAUGUAUAAUCCCUCGUUAUCGGAGUCUAAUGGUGGUGGGCCUGCAAUUCCGUGGUAUGAAGCCAUCAAUCUCCCGGGCUCGGAACAGAUACAAUUCGUCAAGAAGGCUGUUUUCGAUCGUGGAAACAGUAGCUUCUUCGAUAGAGUUCCAGCACCUGAGAUCAUCGUUGGUAACGCAGGCGCGAAUGACAAGAAAACCAAGGCUCUUCGUGAUUCAAACGGGUCAUGGAUAAUGGUCUACACGCCCACUGGAAAGCCAUUCUCGAUUGAUACCAAAGAUAUUAAGGGCUGUGAUGUGAAUGCGAGGUGGUAUGAUCCACUCUCUGGUCACUACAUUGAAAUGGCAUAUACGCAAUGCGAGAACAACACAACAAUUAGGGAGUUCAGGCCACCUAAGGCUGACACUCAUGAUGACUGGGCGCUUGUCUUGGAGAGUAACAUAAGCUAA